GUCGGCCAGACCAGCGGGGCCGCCACAACAACAAUGGUGCAGCCAGGCGGGGCGGCGGCCGGCGCGGCGUGACUCUCCUCCCUGUGUCAAUCAUUCCUUGGUGGCGGGCGUCAUGUUCUCGCCUCGCAGCGGCUGGCGCGUGUGGCGGGCCUUGGGCGGGAGGAGGCAGCCCGGGAGGAAGGGCGUGCACACCUGGACGCCCCUCGCCGCGGCCUUCAACACGCGGCCCAACAGGCUGCUGGCCCUGCACUUCACCAGGGAGACGGCGGGUUUGUUUGGUCAUCCUGAACUGCAAACACCUGAGGGGUUUUAUCUGAUGAAGGAGAAUGCCAUGUUUGAGAGUGAAGACUUGGUGAAGGAAUGCUGUUCCCCGCACAGAUCCAGAAAGAUGGUGGAGGUGUUUGACCAGCUGUCGGAUACUCUGUGCCGUGUUGCAGACUUGGCAGAGUUUGUGCGUCUGGCCCACCCACAGGGUCGCUAUGCCCAGGCAGCAGAGGAUGCUUGUGUGACUAUUGGAGGGCUGGUGGAAAAGCUCAACACUCACGCAGAGCUGUACCAGUGCCUGAAGGAGGUGGUGCUUCACGGGGACCACAUGCCAACCACAGAGGUGGACCAGCAUGUGGCCAAGCUCUUUUUGCAUGACUUUGAGCAGUCAGGCAUCCACCUGAAUGAAACCCAGCGGCAGCGAGUUGUGAGUCUCAAUGAGUCAAUCCUUACACUGGGACAACAUUUCAUGAAUGGGUCACACCAGCCCAGAGCUGUGCCAAAGGACAAACUGCCAGAAGCCAUCAGACAACACUUUGCCAUUGAUGGGGACAAUGUUGUUGUGACGGGCCUGUAUGCAGAUGCCCACCUAGAGCUUACUCGGGAGGCUGCACACAAGAUCUACCUCUUCCCAGACCCCCAUCAGGAGGCACUGCUGACUGCAAUGCUCAAUGGAAGGCAUGAGAUGGCAACACUCUGCGGGUUCUCAUCUUAUGCACACAGGGCACUCAAUGGUAGUCUGGCUGAAAGUCCCAAGUUUGUUGUUGACUUCCUGGAGUUGCUUGCCAAGGAAAUCCAUCCAAGGGCUCAAGAAGAUUUUGAUGAGAUGGCUGCUGCGAAAAAAGCCCAGCAAGGCAGUUCCAGGGGCCUGGCACCGUGGGAUGUCUUGCAUUUCACAAGACUCUUGCGGCAGGCAAAGUGUGAUGUGAGUGGUACCACCCUGGCUCCCUACUUCUCUCUAGGAACUGUGAUGGAGGGCCUCAAUGGGCUGCUGGGAAAGCUCUAUGAUGUGACUCUGGAAGUGGAGGAACCUGCCCCAGGAGAACUUUGGGCCAAUGACAUCUAUAAACUGGCUGUGAAGCAUGGGAGUGAGGGAGUCCUUGGCCACAUAUACUGUGAUUUUUAUGAGCGUGCUGGCAAGGCUCAUCAGGACUGCCACUUCACGAUCAAGGGAGGAAAGCGUCUUCCUGAUGGGUCCUAUCAGAACCCAGUAGUGGUGCUGCACCUGAACCUUCCUUCUCCUUCCUGGUCUUACCCGUCCCUCCUGGUGCCCAGCAUGGUGGAGAACCUCUUCCACGAGAUGGGUCAUGCCCUUCACUCCAUGCUGGCAAGAACACAGUACCAACAUGUCACAGGCACCAGAUGCAGCACAGACUUUGCUGAGGUUCCUUCAAUUUUGAUGGAAUCCUUUGCACAAGACCCGAGGGUUCUCAGCACCUUUGCAAGACACUACAAGACCGGGGAAAAGAUGCCAGCAGACCUCUUAGAUAGAAUGUUGGCUUCAAAGUCCAUUUUUGCAGCCUCUGAAAUGCAGCUGCAGACCUUCUAUGCCUUACUUGACCAGCGCCUCCAUGGAGCUGAGCGUUGGUCUUCAGGCACGUCCACCACACAGAUCCUCGAGGAAGUGCAGAAUGAGCACUAUGGUCUCCCUUACAUAAAAAAUACUGCAUGGCAGCUGAGGUUUGGCCAUCUCGUGGGCUAUGGAGCCAAGUAUUACUCUUACCUGUUAUCUCGUGCUGUGGCUUCCUGGAUUUGGCAAGAAUACUUUGCAGAUGACCCUUUCAGCAGGGAGAUGGGUGAAAAGUAUAGAAAAGAAGUGCUGUCCCAUGGAGGAGGAAGACCACCCCGAACUCUGGUGGAGGAGUUCUUGGAGCGCAGAGUGGAGUCUGUCAGCACUGUGAAGGCACUGAUGACGGACCUGGAUCAGAGGAAGUGCCAGAUGGCUGCUGCCCUCACCUGAGUAAUUUCCAUUUUGUCUGAAUAACCUUGUAAAUAUUAUUUAUAGUAAUUCAUGAGAGCUAUAUGAUCCGGUGAAAUGAAGGAUACAGCAUGCAUGGGUGAAAGUUGUUAUGACAACACUAAUAAAUGAAAAAAAAGUGCCUUCAUGAAGGACAUAGGUGCACCACAGCAAAUUAAGUCACCCUCAGUGAGAAGAGGCCAGUUUCAAGGGUGAGUGGGAGACUGCCUGACUUGAGUCUUGGUUGUAUCAGCAAAAAGUUUGUCUCUGCAAACUAGAAAUACACUGUGUAGUCUUUGGCCUCGGCCUUCUGUACGAGAGGAGCUACAUCUUGGUUAGAAGCAUUUAAUGACAUGCAGUGGAAUACAAAAACACUUAAUCCCCAUGUCUCAGGGAUAAUCAUUAUUAUUACUAUUAUUAUUAUUAUUAUUAUUAUUAUUAUUAAGAAAAGUAAAAUUUUUGUUAUUAGGAGGGAGACUGUAACAUCAAAAUAAAUUAUGAAACCUCUAAGAUGAGAAGCUUUAGAAGCCAUAACUGGUGUGAUAUAUAUAUAUAUAUAUAUAUAUAUAUAUAUAUAUAUAUAUAUAUAUAUAUAUAUAUAUAUAUAUAUAUAUAUAUAUAUAUAUAUAUAUAUAUAUAUAUAUAUAUUUAUAUUAUAUUAUAUACACACACACACACACACACACACACACACCAUCAAACUAACCGGCCUUGCCCCUUCCAUGCUCCUGCAUGUGUAUCUGUGGGUCAUUCAGACUAAAAAGAUUAGGGAAAUACGCAUUUCUUCAUAUUUGGUAACAUUUGUUGAUGUAGAAUUUAUAUAAGGAAGACAAAGUUUGCUUUACACAGUAACUUUCAAGGAGCAUCAUCAAACUUACAACUUAUUAAAAAUGUCAGACUGCCAUUUGAACUCCUGAAAA